GAGGGCGCCUGGUGCAGUAGAGCAACCUGCUCCCGGGCGGGGCCGGGGCUGCGCAGUCAUGAUCGCCGCCGAGGCCGCGGCACAGUCCGCUCUGCCUGCUGUGCCCGGUGCUGCGGCGGCCGCCGGAGUCUCAGAGCGCGAGGAGCCGGCGUGGCCGUGGAAAGAUGCCCCGAUCCGGGCGCUGGUGCAGCGCAUCCACCAACUGCAGGCUGAGCGCGCACAGGCCUUCCGCCGGCUGGAGGAAGGCCACCGUCAGUAUCUGCACAGCGGCCCGCCCUACGAUUUCCCGCGCUACCGGAGCACCGUGCACGAGGUGACCCAGGCCUUCGCCGCUGCCUCGCGGGAGGUGCUGGCGGUGGAAGCCGAACUGGCCGGGCGCCGAGCGCAGCCACUGCUCGCGGGCCACGUGCGCAGUCUGCAGCAGCUGGAGGAGACGCGCCUGGCCACGGUGGCCCUGCUGCAGCUGAUGGGGGCGCCAGAGCUGACGGGGCAGGAGGAUCCCCUACAGAUGCAUCAGCUGAAGAUGAAGGUAAUUAAAACCAUGGAGGCAAUCAGUGAGGUUCUUCAAGACCUUAAGUUUGAUGCGGAAUCUUCGGAGUGACGGUGGCUUCCCAGGGACACACGGAGCAUGGGAAAUGGGACGGAUGGCGCCCAGCCCAGCCCUGACUGCCAGCUGGCUAGGGUUGCACCCUGCUGAGCUGCUGACCUUCCUUGAGUUCACCGUGCCUCCCAGAAUAAAGAACCUUUUCUCUA